AUGUUUGGGAAGCUCUUUCAUCUUGGCUUUGACGCGCUGCUUGUGGCAGCCUUUCUUGCUGGCAUCAAGCGCUCUACGGGAAUAACACCGGCCUUGUCACAAAUAAAGAACAAGGAUAUAAGACAGCUCAUGCGGUCGUAUCUCGAGGCUGGGGAAUAUGCUUUCGAUUUCGCUGUGGUAGUCUUUGGGCGGUCAGCGUCGUUCGAGAGACAACGCGGUGAUCACUGA